AUGGAAAAUCAAAAAAUCGACGAAGAGCUAGACCUUGUAGUUGUCGGCGGAGGUAUCGGCGGCAUAUGCGCCCUCAAAACAUAUCUCACCGUCAACCCUUCUUCUUCAGCUGCUCUUCUAGACAAUCGUGUCUCGCUCGGAGGUGUGUGGGCGCGCGAGCGGCUCUACACCGGUAUCAAGACGAAUAAUGUCUUGGGGGGAUACGAGUUUAGCGAUUUUGCUAUGGAUGGGAAGAAGUUCAAUGUAGGGUAUGAUCAGCAUAUUCCUGGAGAAGUUGUACAUGAAUAUCUCGAGGCAUAUUGCGAAAAAUUUGGACUGGGGGAGUAUAUUAGAUUGGGUCAGAUGGUUGAGAGCAUAGCUCGCGACGACAGCAACAGCAGCGGUGAUAAUGAUGGCAAUAGCUCAUGGGUAGUACAAGUCAAAAACGACAAGACAACAACAAACAUCCGAACCAAAAAACUGAUCAUGGCAACAGGCCUGACCAGCCAGCCCUACAUGCCCAAAAUAAACGGACAAGAGAGCUUCCAGCGUCCACUCUUUCACUUUGUCGACCUCAAGGCACAUCAACCAGAGCUUCUCAAUGAUGAAAAUCAAAGAAUAACCGUCUUUGGCAGCGCCAAAUCUGCCUUUGAUGCCGCCUAUCUUCUCGCCGACUCUGGCUUGUCAGUGGACAUGAUCAUUCGAGCCUCAGGCCAUGGUCCAGCACAUAUGGCUCCCCCACGCGUCACCCCGUUGAAGAAACUGAUCGAGAGGCUCGUCAAUGUCCGGCUACUUACUUGGUUUAGCCCGUGCAUCUGGGGUGGUGAGGCCGAUGGCUAUUCGCUCAUCCGCCGAGCUCUGCACGGUACUUGGCUAGGUAGAAAGAUCGUAGAUGGCUUUUGGUGGAUUCUCGGCAACGAUAUGAAGACCUUGAACAGCUAUGAUGCUCAUCCGGAAACAGCGAAGCUGAAGCCGUGGGUAAGCACCAUGUGGAUUGCCUCUGGGCUGGGCAUUUUCAAUUAUGACGGCGAUGUGCUGGAUAUGGUUCGAAGGGGAAAGAUCAAGGUUCAUAUCGCCGACAUUGAUUUCUUGUCUGAGGGCCAGGUUCAUCUUUCAAAUGGACAGAAUCUGCCAUCGGAUGCAAUGGUUUGCUGUACCGGAUGGGACGCGAGACCCAAUAUCAAGUUUUUGCCAGAUGGUGUCGAGACUCAGCUAGGGCUGCCUACUUCUCUUGAUUCGUUGCCUCAAGAAACACUCCAGAAUGCAGAUGCGCAUGUAUUAAACCAGCUGCCGAGGCUGAAAGACCAGCCCAAAAACUCUAACCAACAACUUGAUCUUAAGUCAGAGGGGUCAUCAUCAUACCGUCCUCUACGGUUGUACAGGUUCAUGGUCCCUUGCUCGCCUCACCUCGCAUCUUCAAGGUCAAUAGUAUUCGUUGGCAUGGCCAUGACAGUGUCGACCAUGAUGAUCACGCAGGCACAAGCGCUCUGGGCAGUCGCAUACCUGAACGACACUCUCGAUCUUCCUACACAGACAGACAUGCAAUGGGCAACCGCGUUGCAUACCCAGUUUUGCAAGUUGCGCUACGGGGUGGGAGCCAACGGGAAACGGGUUCCGGAUUUUGUCUUUGAUGCGGUGCCGUAUAUUGAUAUGCUGUUAAAUGACUUGGGGCUCAGUGGGAAGAGAAAAGAAAGUAGACUAAAAGAGUGGUUUGAGCCGUAUGUGGUUGGGGACUACAAGGGCAUUGUGGAGGAGUAUUUGCAAAAGAUGAAGGCAGACAAAAAACAUGUUUAG